CGAUAUUGCUGUGUUAGUCUUGAAAUACUUGUGGGUGGGUAAAUGAUGGGGAUUUUAACUACAUCCCUAAUCAUUUUAAAUGGUUUGUUGGUGGCAACUUUAAUGUUUUUCGUGACCUUAUCCAAGCCGGAGACUAAUUUUGAAUCUUCAACUGCUCUUUCCAAACCCAUUCUUGAUUUGAAUAAAUUGAAAGAAACAAUCUCCAAUUUUAACUGGAGUGAAUACUUUGAAGUGGGACGAGGAAACCCGCAAACUACGCCCGUUCAAAAACCAACCACUGCCGUUAACGAAACUUACUUAGACCCUUAUGGGCCUAACGUUCAAUUUAUUUUGUUUACAAGAGAUGGCCUUCCUUACAAUUUAAAAUUGGAUGCACACGAAAACUUUGUAAAAUCCAACUUUAACUACAGCAAUCCUACUAAAAUUAUCAUCCACGGCUUUAUUAGCAGCAUAAGGGAAACGGUGUUUCAAAUAAAUAAAGACGCUUAUUUGGAAACUGGGGAUUACAAUGUGAUUGGAAUGGAUUGGUCAGUUUUGUGUGAAUUUGAAUAUUUUACGGCGAUGCGUGGAGCCCAAAUUGCUGGAUCACAUCUUGGAGCCUUUCUGAGGUAUUUAAUUCAGGAAGGAGUCGGUUACGAAAACAUUCACCUUAUUGGGCAUAGUCUUGGUGCCCAUGUUGCUGCGAUGGGCGCCGAUAAAGUACAAGGUGGGAAAAUACAUCGCAUCACGGGUUUAGAUCCUGCCGGCCCAGGUUACAAUGACGUUCCGAUGAGUUAUCGCCUUGAUCCCAGUGAUGCACAUUUAGUUGAUGUAAUUCACACCAACAUGCGUUUACUAAGCCUCUCGCAUCCCCAAGGGCAUUUAGAUUUUUAUCCCAAUGGAGGAAGAUUUCAACCUGGCUGUCCGGAAUUGGCAGAUAUAUGGACUGUCACUGAUAGUUUGGAAUGUAAUCAUGGCCGUGCGUACCACUACUUCGCGGAAACAAUAAGAAACAAGGGAGCCUUUAAAUCUUAUCGUUGUGCUCACGUUAACGUGUCCAACUUGGACUAUUGCGUUAUACAAACUGAGGUUUACAUGGGACAAGAAGAAACUUACGAGGUAAUUGAUUGUUCUACGAAUAAAAUUAAAGCGAACAUUGCUACUAAACCCGACAACUGGCAGGCGGCCGUCAAAAAAUGUACUUCGGCUAAUAUUUCUUGGUAUGGAUCAUAUUAUCUACGUACAAGAGCGUUACCUCCAUAUUCCUUUGCUUAGGAAAACAACGUUGGUUUACCAUACACUGUUAUAAGAUUGACUAAUGCGUAAAUUCAUUAAUACUAUCAACAGUUUGUUUUAAUGUCAAUGUUGUGUGUAUAGGUAGGUAGGUACUUUUAUUGGUCAUCAGCCCAUCACUCUCAUUUGUAUACCUACCUAGCUUAGUUUCUUCUUGAUACAGUAUAAGUAUGUUAAUAAUAAUAUUAAUACAA